AUGCGCCCACUUCGAUUUCUCCUUGCCCUUCUUUCCUGCCUCGUCGCCUUCUUUCUUCUGCUGUUUGUCGGCCCUUUCAGUGGAGCGAGGGAGGAUGUGGAUGAACGAGGCGGCACCUUCGGCACAUACUUCAAUUGGCGCACACCUAGCAGCCUGUUCCCACCCUCGGCUAUAAUCAGCAUAACAGACGACAACUCGACCAAUUUCGUCGCCAGACCCGCAGCUUUCGGGCCACUGUUGCCUGCGAAGAGUCUGAGUGGGCAGUUGUGGAUAGGCAGCGGCUUUGGCAAUGAUCACCUGGGCCGCGGAGGAUCUGGCGCAGGCGCUGGAGGAGAACUAGGAUGCAGUGAUGUCCCUGGAUGGGAUGAUGGGAGCUGGUCAACCACCAAGAAGAGCGGCGAUGGCAGGAGCGCGGCAGGGGAAAAUCAACGCAGCAACGCCAAACGAGCGGCGGAUGACGAGUACAUGAUGGAGACACCGCAGAAGGAGUAUCCUACGGAAGACGACGGUACAGAUGACCACCUCCACCACCCACUCCCAGCUUCCGACGGACUAAAGACGAAUGGCGAUUCCGCCGGAAAUACGAAAAAGCCAACACACGCAGACAUCCAGUCACUACAGGAGAGUGCAGAGAUCGCUGGAAAGGUAGUUCUGCUCAGCCGAGGUGGAUGCGGCUUCCUAGAGAAGGUGAAAUGGGUGCAAAGAAGAGGCGGUAUAGCCAUGAUUGUGGGAGACGACAUCCGAGGCGGCCCAUUGGUCACCAUGUACGCGCGUGGUGACACCUCGAACGUCACUAUUCCGUCUUUAUUCACCUCAUAUACCACUGCGCAACUUCUAUCAAGCCUGAUGCCUGCUCAGGACUCUACAACGGACGAUCCAUCUCGACUGGCAUUGGCGGCUGGAGACAAGAGCAAGGAGCAGACGGGCGCUGAGAAAGGAAAGGCUGCAGAUAAGCCCAAAUUCACUACUACCAGCGGAACAGCGAAGGCUGCUUCAACGGCGCCAGCGAAGAAGCCAGCUUCGAAGGACAAAAAACCAGCUUCAAAGCACGCCGAAGCCGAGCAGAAAUCAAAGUCGCACUGCGGCUGGUUUGCUUCUGCUUUCGGAGCCUGUUCGGACGGCCACGCAGACAGCCGUCGACCGCCUAGCAGCGGCAACAUCGGCUGGGUGCUACAGGAGGAGUUCGAAGACGAUGAACAGCCGAUAGGGAAGUUCGGAAAGGCUUCAACCAAAAGCCCAAGCACAACUCCAAAGCCGGGCUCGCAUGAUGGAUUCGUGAUCGGUGUUCAGGACUGGAGAGAUCCAGAUCUUGUUGCUGUAGCGAAAGAGCAACACCUCAAAGGCUCUUCGACAAGCUCAUCAACCAGUGCCUUGCCGCAAUCCAGCAAAGCAGUAACCACAUCUCUCCGAGGCGGAAGUAUGACGCCUGGCAGCGGAGAGUAUGGUAAAGCGAACCAUGAAGCUGUGGAUAUCCUGAGUCCAAAGAAGUCUCAAGCAAAUAAUGACGGCAUGACAUCUCAGCAGAUCGACGGCCAGGGUGGAGAUGAAGAUGCAUCACGCGGCUGGCUUGGUCGGCUGUUCAGCUCCGACCCUGGUCAGGAAGACGCCAAGCCUGACACUGCGUCUCAAAAGGAUGCAUCACAAACAGAGCUCGAGUCUCAUCAUGGCAAAGCUCCUGCUUCGCCCAAAAAGAUGCCAUCUAAGCAUGGCGCACCUGCUCAUGAAGGAUUAUGGGUUACGCUUUCGCAGACGUCCAUGUCUUCUUCGCCAUUCUUCGAUACAUUAUUGGUACUGGUGGUGUCGCCACUGGUGACGCUGACAGUAGUCUAUGCGUUAUUACUACUUCGCUCAAGGAUACGGCGACGAAGAUGGCGAGCACCGAAGUCCGUUGUGGAACGCUUACCAGUCCGGACGUACCAGACCAUGGCAAGCAGCACAGCAUCCACAACAUCGUCGACGUCAUCACCAUGCGCAACUACCCCCUUGUUGCCACCAUCACGGCCAAUCAGCACACGGUCACGACCGAGAGCCCGGACGGCAUCUGAAGUCCCUCAAGGCGGAUCUCUGCUGUCUGAUGAGAUGGCGUCGCCGUCGCUCGAACAAAUCGAGGAGAAGCGAGCUGCAGGUCUGGCGGAGUGGCGAAGAAGGUACGGCGGCAAGCAACGCGAGUGCGUGGUGUGUCUGGAAGAGUAUGUCGAUGGAGUGAGUCGGGUUAUGAGCUUACCUUGUGGCCAUGAGUUCCACGCCGAGUGCAUAACACCUUGGCUAACCACGCGACGGCGGACAUGUCCCAUCUGCAAAGGCGACGUCGUUCGAUCGCUUGCGCGUCAUGGCGCUGCGAGCUCAUCGACAUCACCAUCAUCGGCAUUACAACCUUACCACGACUCCGAGGAUGAGGAUGAUGUGCAGGAACAGGCUGCCAAUAUCGUGAAUGACGACCCAGCAGCACAGCAGCCCGUCAGCAGAGAGGACGAGGCUUUUGAGGAUCUCGAACGAGGUCUGAGUACGCCGGCAUCUAUUGCAGAGCCGGACAGAAAUCGAUGAUGACAGCACGCAAGACGCAAUGAAAUGUCUUUUUUUCUGU